AACUCAAAAUUCUUCCUUCCUCCUGUGAAAGCCCGGCCCGAAACGAAUAACAUCAACCCUUCUCAUAAACCCUAGACAUUCGAACCACAGGAAACAAUCUCAAUCCUCAUAAACCCUAAUCUCUCUCUCUCUCUCUCUCUCUCUCUCUCCAAGCAAGUUUCUUGUACAAUUUUUUUUGGUUGGCAUAAAUGGGUAGUAAGAAAAGAGGGUCUGAUGAUGCUGUGGAGGAAGCAGAAAAUCAGUUGGAUAUAAUCAGUGAUAAAGUUGUUUCUGAGCCAUUGAAAAAGAAAAUGAAAAAGGAGAAGAAGAAAAAAGUUGCAGACAGUUCUGCUUCCCCAUCUUCGACUGAUGUUGUAAAGGAAGCAAAAAAUCAGGUAGAUAUAAUCAAUGAUAAAAUUGUUUCAGAGCGUUUGAAAAAGAAAAUGAAAAAGGAUAAGAAGAAACAGGUUGCAGAUGGGUCUGCCUCCCCAUCUUCAACUAUGCAAUCUAUCAAGCCAAUGGAGAGAAAGAAGAAAAGGAAAGCAUUAGACAAAGAGAAACGUCAUGCUCCUUCUGAUAAUGUGGAACCAAAGCCCAAACAGUUGGAUAUGAAGUUUGAUGAGACUCGGGUGCCUAUGCCGACUCUGGCAAGUAGUGGUCUGCCUGAGUUCCAUGUUAGUGUCUUUAAGGACCUUGCAUCAGCUGAUAGUACAGUAAGAGAAGCAGCAGUUGAGGCAUUGGUAACAGAGUUGCAGGAAGUCCAAAGCAUGUAUGAUAAGCUUGAGAGGAAGGACGUUGCUGAGGGUGGAUUGCAGUUGGAAGCAGAAAAGGAUGAUGGAUUGAAUAACUGUGCGCCUUCUUUGAGAUAUGCUGUUCGGAGACUUAUACGUGGUGUUUCUUCAUCAAGAGAGUGUGCAAGACAAGGCUUUGCAUUGGGUUUGACUGUUUUAAUUGGUGCAAUUCCGAGCAUCAAAGUUGAUGCAUUGCUGAAACUGAUAGUUGAUCUGUUGGAGGUCUCUUCUUCAAUGAAGGGUCAGGAAGUGAGGGAUUGUCUUUUGGGUCGCUUGUUUGCUUAUGGAUCCAUUGCACGAUCAGGAAGGCUAACUGAAGAGUGGGUCUCGGAUGAAAGCUCUCCUUGCAUCAAAGAAUUUACUAGUUCUCUUAUUUCCCUUGCAGCCAAGAAGCGGUACUUGCAAGAGCCUGCUGUCUCAAUUAUUUUGAACUUGUCUGAGAAGUUACCAGUUAAAGCCUUGCUGAAUCAUGUACUUGAAGCUCCAGGCCUUCAGGAGUGGUUUGAAGGAGCCAUUGAAGUUGGAAAUCCCGAUGCAUUGGUUCUAGCUCUUAAAAUGCGAGAAAAAAUUUCUGUUGGCAGCAAAGUGUUUAGCAAACUUCUGCCUGAUCCAUAUAGCCCUAGUGGGUUGUUUUCGGCUGACCAUUUGUCCUCCCUCUCUAAUUGCUUAAUGGAAUCCACUUUCUGUCAGCCUCGAGUUCAUACUGUCUGGCCUGUCUUGGUAAAUAUUCUUUUAGCUGAUUUGGUUUUGCAAGAUGUAGAUUCAACAUCAGGUUUAACUUCCAUCAAGAAGCACAAAAAGAAUCGCAAGUGUAGCUCAUCGGAAGAAGAGAUUGAGAAAAACCUUCGAUGUUUUUGUGAAGUUAUUGUUGAAGGAUGCCUUCUUUUGUCCUCUCAUGACCGUAAACACUUGGCCUUUGAUGUCCUGCAUCUUCUCCUACCAAGGCUGCCUGCGUCUUGCAUCCCAGUUGUUCUGUCUUACAAACUUGUUCAGUGCCUGAUGGAUAUACUUUCUACCAAGGACUCUUGGCUGUACAAAGUUGCACAAUAUUUUCUAAAAGAACUGUCAGACUGGGUGAAGAAUGAUGAUAUUAGAAGAGUGUCGGUUAUUAUGGCCCUGCAGAAGCACAGCAAUGGGAAAUUUGACUGCAUAACUCGGACGAAAACAGUUAAAGAUUUGAUGGCAGAGUUUAAAACUGAAUCUGGCUGCAUGCUGUUUAUUCAGAAUUUAGUGACCCUGUUUCUGGAUGAAGGCCAUGUUUCAGAGGAACCUUCAGAUCAGAGUCAGACAACAGAUGACAAUUCAGAGAUAGGUUCAAUAGAGGAUAAGGAUUCUGUUGGGACAAUGGGAAGUUCUGAUUUUUUGAAAAGUUGGGUUAUAGAUUCCCUCCCUAGUGUUUUAAAACAUUUGCAGCUAGAUACUGAAGCGAAGUUUCGGGUGCAAAAAGAAAUUUUGAAGAUUUUAGCUGUUCAGGGUAUAUUUUCUUCAUCUCUUGGCACUGAAGUGACUUCUUUUGAAUUAGAAGAGAAGUUUAGAUGGCCAAAAGCAGCCACCUCAAGUGCUCUUUGCAGGAUGUGCAUUGAGCAGAUUCAGUUGUUGCUGGCAAAUGCUCAGAAAGGAGAGGGGUCUCAUUUGGUGGCAAGUAGCCUUGAGACAAAUGAUCUUGGAUCUUAUUUCAUGCGGUUCCUUACUACAAUGUGCAACAUUCCGUCAGUGUCACUCUUUCGAGCCUUGAGCAAUGAGGAUGAAAAAGCAUUCAAAAAACUGCAGGAAAUGGAAACUCAGCUGUCAAGAGAGGAAAGGAACUGUGGGCUCAGUGCAGAUGCAAAUAAGUUGCAUGCCCUGAGGUACUUGCUUAUCCAGUUGGUGCUGCAGGUUCUCCUUCGACCAGGGGAAUUUUCAGAAGCUGCCUCUGAACUCAUUAUUUGUUGUAAAAAAGCCUUUUCCUGUCCUGAUCUUCUCGACUCCUCUGGAGAUGAUGAAACAGACAGUGAUGGAACUCCUGUGUUGAUGGAUGUCCUUGUGGAUACACUUCUAUCUUUGCUGCCACAAUCAUCUGCUCCUAUGCGUUCUUCUAUUGAGCAGGUUUUUAAGUAUUUUUGCAAUGAUGUUACGGAUGAUGGACUGCUUCGGAUGUUGCGGGUCAUAAAGAAAGAUUUGAAACCGGCUAGACAUCAUGAAACAGACAGCGAUGAUGAUGAGGAUGAUGAAGAUCUUCUUGGUAUUGAAGAAGAUGAGGAAUCUGAUGAAGCUGAGACGGGUGAAACUGCUGAGAGUGAUGAGCAGACAGAUGAUUCUGAAGUAGUAGGUGGACUUGAGGCAGUUGACAAAGCACAUCCCGAAGCUUCUGAUGAUUCUGAUGGGGGAAUGGAUGAUGAUGCAAUGUUCCGCAUGGAUACUUAUCUUGCAAAAAUUUUGAAAGAGCGUAAGAACCAGGCUGGGGGUGAAACUGCUCAAUCCCAGCUCGUGCUCUUCAAACUUCGCGUUCUCUCAUUGUUGGAGAUUUACCUACAUGAGAAUCCAGGAAAACCCCAGGUAUUGAAGGUCUACUCUAACUUGGUCCAGGCAUUUGUUAAUCCACACACCACAGAAGGUAGUGAGCAACUCGGCCAGCGCAUAUGGAGCAUUCUGCAAAAGAAAAUUUUUAAAGCAAAGGACUAUCCAAGAGGAGAAGCUGUGCAAAUAUCUACGCUUGAAUCUCUUUUGGAAAAGAACCUAAAAUUGGCUUCAAAACCAUUCAAGAAAAAGAAGUCUGUUGUCAAUCCAUCCAAGAAGAAGCAGUCGGCCUCCUGGAAUCGACACAAGAUGAUAACAUCCCUCGCACAAAAUUCAACAUUUUGGAUUCUGAAGAUCAUUGAUGGAAGAAAGUUUCCUGAAUCCGAACUUCAGCAGGCUUUUGAUAUCUUCCAAGGUGCUUUGCAGGCCUAUUUUGAUAGUAAAAAGUCUCAAAUGAAGUCUGAGUUUUUGAAAGAAAUAUUCAGAAGACGACCAUGGGUUGGGCAUCACCUCUUUGAAUUUCUUUUGGAGAAAUGUUGCGGUUCCAAAUCAGAGUUUCGGCGAGUUGAAGCACUCGACUUUGUGAUUGAAAUAUUGAAGUCACUGGUCUCUGUAAGCACCGAUGAAAGUGGACAGGCUGCAUCAAGGAAAAUUUUGGACAAUCAUCUUCCAAAACUGUGUCAACUGGUAAAGGAAUUGGUAACAAAUAUGCCAGAAAAGCAGUCUAGACGGGCUGAAGUGCGCAAGUUUUGCAGCAGGGUCUUCCAGAUUAUAACAAGCCUUAAUCUUUCUGUGUCAUUUCUUAAAGCUUUGGGAUCUGAUGCUCAGACUGCCUGCGAAUCUCAACUUGGUGAGUUGUUUCUUGCUUUGAAGAAGCAUGAACAGUAGAGAACGAAGAUUACAUUAGAUGGAAAGCUUUGCUGAAGAGUUUUGAGGUUAUACUUAUUUGAAUGAUUGGAAAUACUAUACAAUUAUGGGUGAUAGUGCUGUAACAAAAAGGUCAUCAAGAUAACAAUAAGGGUUUUUGAUUUUCAUUUCAAACAGAAUUGUUACUUGCAGUAUACUUCAGGGCAUGCACUCCUGCGGCUGCUCAGAUCCAGCACUUGUAACCUUCGAAGAUUCAGUUUUGUCUGUAAGAUUUUCCUCUGUGAAAUUAUUUAGUCUCCUUGCAUUGGAUGUUGAGGAAGAGUUUGAUGAUAGUUGGUGCAUUAUAUAUAUUUUGUUAUGUUUAUUUUUCUUGGGACAUGAAUUGUUAACAAUUAACCAUCAUAUAGCUUAUUGACUUUUCCAAUCCGUAAAAUUCAAUCGAUGAGUGUUGUA